CCACAAGCCGUUGACACUGACACAUGUUGUGUUGACAGUUACAUAACCUCAACAUCUAGUCGUUGCAAUAUUUUCUGUGAUAGUGAUAUGAUAACAUCCAGUGGUAAACACCUUCCAAAAACUCCAUCCCUAUAAUGAUUUUCACGGCCACUUUUCUCACGUUAUGUCUCAAGCUGCUCCUGAUACCGGCUUACCGGUCUACAGACUUCGAAGUUCACAGAAACUGGAUGGCUAUCACCCACAGUUUACCUUUAAAACAAUGGUAUUAUGAAAAUACGUCCGAGUGGACCCUUGAUUAUCCACCCCUUUUCGCCUAUUUUGAAUAUUUGUUGUCUUUAAUUGCGUCCUGUUUUGAUAAGAAGAUGCUGAUAGUACAAAACCUGAACUAUGCGUCUGAUGAGACGAUUUUGUUUCAAAGAUUGUCUGUGAUUUUCACUGAUCUAGUGUUUGCUUACGGAACACACAAGUGCUGCAGCUCCAUUCAAAAAAGUUGGAGGACCGACGUUGUUCUCCCUAUUUUGCUCAUCACAAACUGUGGCUUAAUCAUGGUGGAUCACAUACAUUUCCAGUACAAUGGAAUUUUGUAUGGCAUUCUGUUAUUAUCACUCGCAUAUGCAAUACAGGGGAGAUAUUUAUUAUCGGGAUUUUGGUUCGCAGUCCUUUUGAACAUGAAGCACAUUUACAUUUAUUUAGCACCGGCUUAUUUCGUCUUCUUCCUCAAAAACUACUGUCUCAACUCUAAACAUUCCAAAUUCCAAAUCAAAAAUUUCAUCAUGUUGGGAUCCACAGUCUUGGCUGUUUUUCUCGCAACGUUUCUACCAUUCCACAACCAACUGGGCCAAGUUUUCGCGCGGUUGUUUCCCUUCAAAAGGGGCCUCUGCCACGCGUAUUGGGCCCCCAAUUUCUGGGCCCUUUACAACACUCUUGAUAAAGCAGCAUUUUUCAUAAUGUCAAAGAUGGGCUUUUUGGCUAAGAAAAGCUCCGUGGCGUCGAUGACUGGGGGGUUGGUGCAGGAAUUUUCGCACGAAGUCUUGCCAAAUGUGACACCACUGGUGACAAUGAUUCUGACGGGGGUUGUGAUGUUACCAGCCUUAAUAAAACUGUGGAGUCUUAAUAAACACCCAUCGAAUUUUUUAAGAUGCAUUGUUUUAUGUGCGCUGUCGUCGUUUUUAUUCGGAUGGCAUGUGCAUGAAAAAGCUAUUUUGAUGGCAAUCAUUCCUUUGAGCAUUUUGUCAAUAAUGGAUUUGAGUGACGCCAAAACUUUUAUUUUAUUAGGAAUCGUCGGACAUUAUUCCUUGUUCCCACUCCUUUUUCCUAGUUCUCUACUUGUGAUUAAAGUUUUAUUGUUAGUGUUAUAUUCAAUUUACACUUUUCACAGUUUGUCCAAGGUUUACCCGUUCGCAGGCCACAAUUAUUCGUUUCCUUUGUUAAACUGCACUGAAAGUAUUUAUAUUUUAGGGUUUAGUGUCGUUUUCAUGUAUGAAAAUUUUUUACACCAGUUUUUAGGCCUAGGCGCGAAAUUACCGUACUUACCUCUUCUACUCACAUCGUUGUAUUGUUCUCUAGGCGUUAUCUACUCGUGGAUGCGAUUUUAUAUCAAUUUUUUAACAAGAACUAGUGUUGUACAAACAAAGCCAAAUAAAAAGGUACAAUAAAACAA